AUGGUUGCGGAGGGAUGCCGCAUCGAGGUGCCCGCCUUCUCGACGGUGAUGAACGCCUACGUCUCGCAGCGGCCGCCGCAGCUCGCCGCGGCGGAGAGUCUGAUGGCGGAGGCGCAGGCGCUCGGCCUCGUCGCGGACACGCAGAUGUACAACUUGCUGCUCAAGGGGUAUGCGUCUGCGGUGCCCCCGCAGCCGUGCUGCAAGCCCGCCGAAGGGAUGCGACUCUUCCAAGAGAUGGCGAUGCGCGGCUUGGCGCCCGACUCCAUCACGAUCAGCACGCUCGGGCUGGCGAUGUUGCGGGAGACGCUCGGGUGGCCGGACGACGCCGGCCUCUCCGCCACGCUCGCCACGCUCUCGUCCGCCCUCUCAAUCGCGGACGGGGACACCGCGCUCUCCGCCGCGCUGUCGAGGUACUGCAGUCCCGAGCCGCGAGGCGCGGAGGGCUGCUCGGGCACUGUGCGCACCGCUCUGCGCGCGGUGACGGGCGUGGCCUACGCGGAGGUGGUGUAUGCGGAAAGUUGCGCGAUAGUGAGUGGCGCCGCGGGGCUAUGCGGCGACGCCCUGACCGCCGCCGUUGCUGCUGCCGGCUUUGAAGCCUCCGUCAUUGAUCAGCGCAAUGUCGACGGCUCGGCACCAGCGCCGCCGCUCAGCCUACUCGAGCGGCGCGAGCUCGAGCGAUUGAGGCCGAAGCUUGAGGCGGCUCUCUCGCGCGUCGCAGAGCUCGAGGCGGCGCUCGCCGCUGCCGGCAUACCAGCGCCAGCACCGCGGUAG